AUGCCACAAGGCGCAUCGUGCAAUCACGUGGGGCAACCCGAUGUGCAGUGGCUGACGUGGCAAGAAGAGAGGAUGAGCGGAGCAACGAUCAGCUGGGCGGAGAUCUGCCUCAGCGGCCCUCAGUUCUUUCACUCCCCCUUCCAUGCGCAGGCGGCCGAUCAGUCAGCGCAGCUGGCGGCGGAUCUGGCGGGCAACGGGUGGCGCAGCACGCGGCGCACGAAGCUGGUGUGCACCAUCGGGCCGGCGUGCUGCGGCUUCGAGCAGAUCGCGGCGCUGGCGGAGGGCGGCAUGAACGUCGCGCGCAUCAACAUGUGCCACGGCACGCACGCGUGGCACCGGCAGGUGAUGGCGGACAUCCGGCGGCUGAACGAGGAGCGCGGGUACAGCGUGGCGGUGAUGAUGGACACGGAGGGCAGCGAGAUCCACAUGAGCGACCUCCAGGGCGCGCCCUCCGCUAAAGUCGCGGAGGACGACGUGUGGACGUUCACGGUGCGCAAGUUCCCCGACGGCAUGGCGCUGCCGCCCAACACCGUGCACGUCAACUACGACGGCUUCAUUGACGACGUGAGGGAGGGCGACGAGUUGGUGGUGGAUGGGGGCAUGGCGCGGCUGCAGGUGGCGGCGCGCAUGGGGCCCGACGUGGUGUGCAGUGUGCUGGACCCGGGGCUGCUGCUGCCACGCGCCAACCUCACCAUCUUCCGCAACGGCCAGCUCGUGCGCGCCACCAACGCCAUGCUGCCCACCAUCUCCUCCAAGGACUGGAUAGACAUAGACUUUGGAAUAGCGGAGGGGGUGGACUUCAUAGCCAUCUCCUUCGUGCGCUCGCCUGAGGUCGUCACUCACCUCCGCAGCUACGUCAACGCGCGCUCGCCCUCCCGCCCCAUAGCGCUGAUAGCCAAGAUAGAGAGUGUGGAGGCGGUGGGGCGGCUGGAGGAGAUCAUAGCGGCGUCGGACGGGGCGAUGGUGGCGAGGGGCGACCUGGGCGCGCAGGUGCCGCUGGAGGAGGUGCCGGGCGUGCAGCAGGACAUGGUGGACAUCUGCCGCGCCCUCAACAAGCCUGUCAUCGUCGCCUCGCACCUCCUCGAGUCCAUGAUCGAGUUCCCCAUCCCCACCCGCGCUGAGGUGGCGGACACGGCGGAGGCGGUGCAUCAGCAGGCGGACGCGCUGAUGCUGUCGGGGGAGUCGGCCAUGGGGCAGUUCCCUCUUAAAGCCCUCGACGUGCUGCGCACCGUUGCAGAGCGCUUCGAGGCCAUCGAGGAGGGGCAGGGCGGAUACGAGGGGGGCCCCGGUGCGGCGGCCACGGACGGGCGCACGGCGGUGGAGCGCGUGGCGCUGCUGCCGGAGCUCUCGCACUCGCUGCGGGACCGCAUGUCCGAACAGAUCUGCGCCGCUGCUGCUCAGAUGGCCAUGCGUCUGGGGGCAAAGGCAAUAAUCGCCUUCACCCAAAGGGGCUACAUGGCGUCGUUGCUUUCGCGCUGCCGCCCCAACUGCCCCAUCUUUGCCGUCACGCCCUCCCAGGCGGUGAGGCAGCACAUGAGUGUGUACUGGGGCCUCGUGCCAUUCCGCCUCGACCUCUCAGACGACGCCGAGGACAACAUGCGGCGAGCCUUCGCCGUGCUCAAGGUGGGUGGGGCAGAGGGGCAGGGCAGGCGUCCAGCACUCUACAGUCCUUCCACUCCACCUCCCUCUCUGCCUUGCACUUCCCUCCCCUCCUCCCUCCUCUCUGCCACUCUUCGCCUCUCCCUCUCACAGCACCACGCCGUUUCCCCCUCUCAGCCACUCCCCCACCCCUCUUUUACAACCCCUCGCGUCGCCCCCGCCCCAACCCGUCCCCCACCCCCCCAGGCGAGGGGCCUGGUGGCAGAGGGCGAUCUCAUCAUCGCCGUCUCUGACGUGGCGGGCGGGCAGGAGGCCGUGGGGGCCAGGCAAAGCGUGCAGGUCCGCAAGUUGCAUGCUGCAUGCUGCAGCAGGGAGGGCAGGGGGGGAAGGCAGCCUGUAGUGCAAGCAGCCCUCACACGCUCCACUCCACCAGAGGCUGCCGUCGGCUCUAGGCUGACGGCGUAG